CCGCGCCCGCUCCGGCCCUUCCACAAAAGCCGGGCGGCUGUGGUGGUUGGUGGCCAUGGUGGGGCGGGGGGUGCGAAGGAGGCUAGGUCAGAUGUGGGCCGACUACCCACCCAUCAGGUGACACGGAAGUGGAUCGUGACCCAAGAAACCCUUGGCAAGGAGCCGCACUCUGGAAAUGGCUCCCAAAGCCAAGAAAGGACUGAGAGCCUCCAUUGAUGAUGUCCUCGGGGUUCUCCUCGGCGAAGACGACCCUGCACCUGCUCACCCUGUCCUUGACCAGGGCAAUGCAAGACCGUCCCGGGAGCCGCCUUCGACAGCCGGUCGGAGGUCCUUCCCGGACGGUGAUAUCUUUGGCCCAGAGGCAGCCCAGUUCGACAAGGAGGCUGAGGUCUCGGAAGUCUCCGACGCCGACCCGGAAGCUCUACUCCAGUCGAUGAAGGACAUGGAUGAAAUGGAUGCCGUCCUCCUCGGCCGGAGGAGAUCCAGUCCGGUGGCUAAGGCCGUCGCAAAGGGUUCUGGGAAGGAGGAGUCGCCCGGUGACCCCCCAAGAGCUGCAGGGACAUUUACCGCUAGGGAGAGAGGAGAGGCCUCUCGCAACCAGAAACCCCAUCCCUCCAUCGGCGGCUCUGGCCGGCAGCCCCGGAAGUUCUCCUUCGAAGAUGCCGCGGACCCCCUGGCAGGCCUCCUCUCCGAAGACGAGGAGGGGGAGGCCGACAAGAAGACCCCGGGACCAGAGAGCAAAGCCGCUCCCCAGCAGAGCCCCAGCACCCCCAGAGAGCGAGAACCCGCUGUCCCCGGACCUGCCAGCGGCCCACCAGCCCCGAAGAAGGAGGAGUUGGUAUUUGAUGACAGCGACGACCUCAUGGCUGCGCUGGGAUUCGGGGAUGGCCCCAAAGCCGGGCGCGAGCCAUCCAGGGGCAACCAGGAAGAGCCCCGCCCGGCCCGGACCAAGCUGGAUGAGUUGCUGGGACGGAGCCCUGCCCCCAGGCUCCCAGAGCGUCCGGCCGCGGGGGAGCGUCGGAGGGGCCGGCUGGAGGAUGAGCGCCCGAAGCAACCCGAACGAGAAGAUGCCCAGGCAGAGGAGGACUUGACCUUCGGAGCCUACCAGCCCACCCUGGCCUCGGAGGGCCGGCCUCCCCGACGGCCGUCUGUCAGGUUCUCGGCUGAACACCUCAGCGAGCAGAAGCAAGCCAAGCCAGGUUCUCCCGCCGCCUCCGCCCAGCCUGGCAAGAGAGGAGCCGAUUGGCUGGGCCUGAAAGAUAAUGACUUUGACUCCCCGCUCCCCUCUCCCACCGUGGAGCCCAGGGGGGUGGCCGCCCGGGGCUCCACCCCAAACCCUCCAACCCUUCCUGGGGCUGAGCGGCCUGUGGAGGGGGGAUCCGCCCCCAAGGAGCCAUCGGAGGAGGGCGAGGAGGAGUCGGAAGACUGGCUGAGCCAGGCCCUGGCACGCAGGGGGCGAGCCAGGAAGGGGCAGGCCGGGCCCGGGGUCCCUCGGCCUCCCAGCAGCCAACCAGGGGCCAGCUCCGAAGGGCUUGGGCCAGGGGUGGCCCAGGGGGCUCCGGGUACCAGCCGGGAUGCCCGGCCUGCCGGACCCACCAGCUUUGGGGCGCCCUGUGCUGCCCAGGUGCCGGCCGCCUCCCCGAGCAGCGAGGGGCUUCACGGAGACUCCCCCAGAGCCGAACCUCCGGCCGGUAGCCCCUGGCCUCGGGAGCAGUCGGACUUUGCGUCUGCCCAGCCCCUUCUCCCCGAGCCCCGAGGGCAGGACCUGCUGCCCGGUAGCCGGGAGGACCAGAGACGGAUCCCGCCGGCCCCGGCCCAGCUGCCUGUCAGCCCGACAGAGAGCCGAACAGAGCCGCUACGGGCCCAGGCCCGGCUGGCCGAGCUGGAGGCCCAGGUGCGGAAGCUGGAGCUGGAGAGGACGCAGCAGGGGCUCCUGCUGGAGAGUUUGCAGCAGCGACACCGGGAGGACCUGGAACUCAUCGAGAACGCCCACAGGAGCCGCGUGAAGGUGCUGGAGAUGUCAUUCGAGCAGCGGGAGGAGCGACUCCGGAGGGAGAACGAGGAACUGGCCAGCCGGCACAGGGCCCGCUGCCAGGAGGCCGAGCAGGCCCUGGCGGAGCUUCAGGCCCAGCACCAGCUCCGCCUGGCGGCCGUCGAGCAGGAGAAGGACCGGGAGCUGGAACGACUGCGUGACCUGCAGCGGGUCUCCGUCCUGGAGAUGCGCCAAGACCACGAGGAGCAGCUGCGGCGGCUGAAGCAGCUGAAGGAUCGGGAGAUCGACGCCGUGACUAGCGCCACCUCCCACACUCGGUCCCUGAAUAGCAUCAUCGAGCAGAUGGAAAAGUUUUCUUGCCAUCUUAGCGACCUCUCAUCCCGCGUGGAAGCCGCCCACGUCACCACCACCCAGGAGCGGGAGCUGGGGGCCCGGCAGCGUGAUGAGCAGCUCCGCGCGCUGCAGGACCGACUGAGUCAGCAGCAGCGGGACACGGAGGAGGAGCGGGGCCGACUGCACGGGGCCAUCGCCAAGAUGGAGGCUCGGCUAGGGGAGCAGGGCCGCCUCCUGGAGCAGGAACGCUGGAGGGUCAGCGCGGAGCAGUGCAAGGCGGAGGCCUCGCAGCGAGCCCUGGAGGAGCAGAGGAGGGUCGCCAGCCAGCAGGCGGCCAUGGAGCGUGAGGAGCUGGAGAGGGCCAAGAGCGCCUUGCUGGAGGAGCAGAAGUCCGUCCUGCUCAAGUGCGGGGAGGAGCGGCGGCGGCUGGCGGCCGAGUGGGCCGAAUUCUACGCGCAGCAGAAGCUGCAGAAGGAGCGGGCGGAGCGCGAGGUGGAGCGGACGCUGCAGGCUGACGCUCAGAGGGAGGGGACCGUCCUCCACCUGGCCAAGGAGCAAGCGGAGCUGAAGGUCCGGGCCGGGGAGCUGCGGGCCGGGGAGCAGCGGCUGGCGGAGGAGCGGGAGGCGCUGGAGCGGGAGCGGCGGCUGCUGAGCGAGGAGAAGGGCCGGGUCAGCGAGGCAGCCGGGCGCCUCCGACAGCGGGCCGCGGAGGUCGACGGCAUGAGCGAGGUGGCCGCGCGGAAGUUCGAGGAGGGCGAGCGGGCACUGCAGGAGGCGCGGCAGGUGCGGGCCCGGCAUCAGGCCCGGCUCCAGUUGGUGCAGCAGCAGCAGGAGCAGUUGAGGCAGCAGGAAGAGCAGGUGCACCAGGAGCAUCUGAACCUGGCCCAGCACAGGUGGCGGCUGGACGCCCCCGGCGAUGACCUCCACCACGGCUUCCCCCACGGGCCCCCGGGCCUCUCCAGCCUGCACGUUUUAGCCUCUCCCGUCGGCGGCGGCGGCCUCCCCUCUCGCAGCCAGCCUCCCUCGGGCACCUCCCAGCUGCGUGCCCGGCUGGUGCUGCUGAAACACUCCGCUCAGCGGGACCGGGACUUCCUGGAGGACGAGCAGUUCUUCCUGGAGACCUUGCGCAGACCCUCCUCCCACCCGGCCUGAGCGGCGCCCAGCCGGUCCACCCGCUGCCGUUCCCGGAGGGCACGGUCCGGGCCAAGGUGCCCCCGGCGGCCACCGGGCGUACCCUGUCCGGCCUGCGACCGAACCCCGUGGCCGUGCCCCCGCUGGGCACCGCUCUCCCUUCGGGCGCUGCUUCGCAGUCCCCGCCCCGCCCCGGAGUUCUCCAGGGUGGCGGCUUCCCGGCGGGAGGGGGCAGCGGCCUAGGGGGCCGAGAGCGGCCGAACCGUGAUGGGCGGCGGCGGCCGCUCUGGCUUCGGCAGCGGCGGGAAGCGGGUCGGGGAGCCGAUGACCCCGCGGAUCAUUGGAGCGGCGGCGAUGGGGCCCUGCGAAGACCAGGUCGGUUCGACUCGCGAAAUAAAGACGCCGUUACUGCCGCCGCCACUUCUGA